AUGCAGGGGCGAGUAGGGGAUGGACCUGCAGGAGCCGGCGCUUGUUUCGUCGGGGGGUUUCUUUCCGUAGCGGCGCCGACGUCCCGUCACUCGUUCCGUUACUCAGGCCCGCGACCCCCUCCUUCUGGGCAGACGCAGCCGGAGAGUGGCAGUGGGGAGGAGGAUGAGGAGGAGGAGGGUGAGGGCGAGGAGGAUGAGGACGAUGAGGGGAGCGGGGAUGACAGUGAGGCCGGGUGGGAUCCCGAGACGCAUGGCGGUGGGAAAGGGGGGGAUGAUGAGGAGGACCAUGAGAUGGAUGGGUUGGAGCCAGAGGAGGUGGAGGAGGGGGUGGGAGAGGGUGGUGAAGGGGCGGCGACAGAGGCGGCCUCACAGCAUGUGGCUGAAGGAGGAGGGAGCGUGGGGGUUAAGGUGGGGAGAAAGCGGGCAUCCAUUAGGAUGCCGAAGCGGAGGAAGAGGGCGAGCAAGUUGAGGGAGCGAGCAUAUCCCUGCACAUUCACUGGGAAGCCCUUGGGCGAGGGUGUGGUCGCUCCGGAGUUCCUAGACGAGGACGGAGGGUCCGAGAGUAGUAAGGGGACUGGCAAGGGUAAUAAAAAACCGGGGUGGCAAGUACAGAUGUUCGGGCCUAAAGGGGCAGACGAGAAGCGUCAGUGCAAGAUUUGCACUGACAGGAUUUCGUGGAAGCAAUCCACAACAACACCCGGCGAGCGGCACUUUGAGAGCUACCACACAGCGCACAUGCACGUGUGGCAUCACCGUUACCACACUCCGUCCGUUCACUUGCCUGGGGAGACGUUUCCUCGUGGGGGCUACAAGGGUGUGCCGGAUGGCUACGUCGAUGGGUGGCCGCAUGCCAAGUCUUGGCCGCAUCUCGCAAAGAAGAAAGGGACGGCGUCCGGUGGAGCUCCGGGGUCAGGCGGGAUGGAGCGGUUCAUGACAACCAAGCUGUCCACGGAGGAGCUACGGCAGGCGAUCGCCAAGCUGGUGGUCACCUGCGACCUCCCCUUCCGCAUCGUCGAGUCCGAGGCCAAGAACUUCAUCCCCUCGCGGUGGACGGUAUCGCGCGACACUGUGGUCUAUGCAACAGCAGCUCUCCAGUCCGCCAUUGCGGAGAUGCUGGCGAAGGAGGGGGAGUUGGGGUGCAAGGUGUCGAUCACCAUCGACAUGUGGACGGCACCCAACAACAAGGCAUGGCUAGUGGUGACAGGUCACUGGAUAGACGAGAACUUCCAGCUGCGCACAAUGGUGCUUGAGUUCCGUGAGAUGCUCCGGCGGCAUGGGGGCAGGGAGAUGGCGCAGGUGGUUGAGGAGACGAUUGUGCAGUGGGGGUUGGAGGGGCGUUGUCUUGGUUUCACGACAGACAACGCCUCUAGCAACAUUGCCGCCUUCAGGCGGAUGUCGGAGGAGGGUGGUGGUCAGUGCUUCUUCAGCUCGCGCAUGCACUUCCGGUGCUUGGCACACGUGAUCAACCUUGCAGUGCAGGCAGCACUGGCUGUGGAUUCCAUACGGAAGUUGCUGAAGAUACUGAGAGAGAUGGCGUCGUGGAUUGGCUUCUCUCCACAGCGCUCGGGGUAUUUCUUGGGCCUACAGCGGACCUUGAACUCGCAGGCCAACCCCGCCACGCCGAAGCCGGCGUUGAAGCUGGUGCAGGACAGUCCUACGCACUGGGGGUCGACCCACGACAUGGUCGAGCGUGCGGGUGUUCUGCAGAACCCCAUCACUGUCUUCUUCGCCCAGACACAGGGCUUGUCAAAGACCGACAAGAAGAAGGUGGAGAGUCUGCGCCUGACAGACGCAGACUGGGAGACCCUGCAGGCGGUGAAGACAUUCCUAAGCCCCUUCGCCAAGGUCUCCAAGGCAGCAGAGGGGGCGGCGUACCCGACUGUGUCGAUGGUGGUGCCGUACUACAACGGCCUGAUCGACGCCAUGGAGUCGCGCCUUGCCAAGGGGCCAUCUCCGACGCUGCAGCCGAUGAUCGUGGCGGCGCUGAGCCACUUGAAGAAGUACGCGUACAUCACCAGCAACGAGUACUGGAUCGCCACCUUUUUGGACCCAUCCAUGAAGGCGGCGUGGUUCGACGACGCGCACUGGGAGAAGCUGCAUCCCGAGACCGACAGGAGGGUGAGGCCGCGUCCGGCGUCGGGCGAGGUGAUCAAGCUGGUGCGCGACCGCGUGGCCGAGUACCAGGCCCGGGCUGCAGAGCUUGCUCCACGGCCGACCCCACUUGCCCCCGUUGCGGAGGAGGAGGACGGAGACGAGGAGGAGGACGACGAUGACGCGCAGUUUCUUCCUAGUCGCCGACGACUUGCGGCGCGUCUGUCGGCGAGCCAGGAGGCGGGGGCGGGUGGGAUGGUGCAGGAUGACGAGGUUAGCAGGUACUUGUCCGAGAGGGUGCGGUGCGACGUGACAGCGCUAGAGUACUGGCGCAGUGCCACCAACAUGCAGACGCUGAGGCGCAUGGCCCGGGAUUAUCUCGCCAUCCCUGCCACGUCCGCUUCGAGUGAACGGGUGUUCUCCCUUGGUCGCAACCUCAUUUCCUGGAAGCGGCACCGCCUGGCCUCUCAGAGGACGCGAGCUGUCAUGAUUCUCAGAUCAUGGUACAGUUCACACCCUGGCCAGAGGAUAGGCGAGGGCCGCCGACCGAGAGGCGUCGCACCACCAGAGUUCGCCAUUGAGGGCGAGGGGGCAGAGGAGGAUGACGAGGAGGAGGAGGAGGAGGGUGUGGAGGCUGACGACACAGCUGGUGGAGAGGAUGCUGUUGUUGGUAGUAGCAGUGCAGUGGCGCCUUAG